AUGAACACGCCGUCACCAGAACCGAAAAAGGAGCCAAGUCCUCCUCCAAGCCCCGUGCCCAGUGUUGAACCUUCGCACGAGCCGACUCCACCACGUACUCCCACGCCACCGCCUCGAGAACCAUCACCAGAGCCUGAACCGGAACCAGAACCAGAGCCCGAGCCGGAGCCUGAGCCGGAGCCUGAGCCAGAACCGAAGCCUGAACCUAAACCUCCACCUCCACCUGAAUCGCCACCAAAAAAAGUGACACGUGAGUUAUUCUUGCUUUGA